CUCCGACAAGCCCUGGAGGGGCGUAGAAAGGAGGCCAUAUUGUACAGUUAAAUUGAAAGAACGAAAAUAAUUGUAUCGCCGUCGCUGAUCGCUCGCGCCCGCGCUUCGCCUUCGGUUCCCCCUAAUCUUCGUUCCCCCGUAUCGUCCGCGAGCGACGGCGGAUCCUCCGAUCGUGAUCGCCGUAUCGUAACGUGUAUCCACGGCGAAGCCGAGUAGAAGCGAGAGAGCGACGAGCACAAGGGAGCCAAUCGGCGGCUCCUGGCCUCCUCUGUCCUUUGUAUAUAAGCCAUACGUCGUCGCAGUAGCGCGGUUUCGACCCCGGGAAUAACUGACGUAGGUUCGCUGAGAGCUUGUUGCUGAUUGCUGUCGAGAUGGGCACUCGAGACGACGAGUACGAUUAUUUAUUUAAAGUUGUUCUUAUUGGAGAUUCUGGAGUAGGGAAAAGUAAUCUCCUAUCCCGAUUUACAAGAAAUGAAUUCAAUUUAGAAUCAAAAUCUACCAUCGGAGUUGAGUUUGCAACACGCAGUAUACAAGUAGAUGGUAAAACCAUUAAAGCCCAAAUUUGGGAUACAGCUGGACAAGAGCGCUACCGUGCAAUUACCUCUGCAUAUUAUCGUGGAGCAGUCGGUGCAUUACUUGUAUACGAUAUUGCAAAACACCUGACGUAUGAAAAUGUAGAAAGAUGGUUACGAGAAUUACGGGACCAUGCUGAUCAGAAUAUUGUGAUCAUGUUAGUGGGAAAUAAAUCAGACUUGAGGCAUCUGCGUGCUGUUCCAACUGAUGAGGCUAAAGCAUUUGCUGAAAGAAAUGGCUUGUCCUUCAUUGAAACAUCCGCUUUAGAUUCUACCAAUGUUGAGACAGCGUUUCAAAAUAUAUUAACAGAAAUAUACAGAAUCGUAUCGCAAAAACAGAUACGUGAUCCACCUGAAGGUGAUACAAUCCGGCCACAGAAUGUAGAACAAAUUGAAGUCAAACCAACGAUGAAUACCGAGGGAAUGCGUAAGCAGUGCUGCCAGUGACUCACCUUGUUGCUUAAAAUAAGCAGUUAUACGGAGGAGAAAAAAGGGGGAGUACUAGUUGGCGAUAGAUAUAACAAGUGCAUAACAGAACGAGAGUUAAGACUAUGUGCGCAAGCAUGUAAUCUCGUAUGUUAAGAGAAAUUUUAUACUUACCAGUACAAGAGAGAGGACAUCCAUCAAUUCAUAAAUGAGUAUGCAUUACAUGUUCGUGAAAAUAAUCAAGUAAGGAUAAACGACAAGAAAA